AGCCCAGAAAUAAGCAAUAAAUCAUCUUCACCUGUAAUCAGUCGCCGUCAAGAAGAGAGUAACCCUAGCAGCAGCUUUUCAGCUCAAGAAGAGAGGAGGAAUUUUAGUCGCAGCCGCAUAUCAAAGAACAUGACUUUCAAGCGUAGGAACGGAGGAAGGAACAAGCACAACCGUGGCCACGUCAACCCAAUCAGAUGCUCCAACUGUGGCAAAUGUUGCCCAAAGGACAAGGCCAUAAAGAGGUUCAUAGUGAGGAACAUAGUGGAGCAGGCUGCCAUUAGAGAUGUUCAGGAAGCCAGUGUCUACGAUGGGUACACUCUCCCUAAGCUGUAUGCGAAGACGCAGUACUGUGUCUCAUGUGCCAUCCACUCUCACGUUGUUAGAGUCCGUUCCCGCACCAACCGCAGGGUUCGUACUCCCCCUCCACGUUUCGUCCGACGCAAGGAGGAUGCGCCCAAGCCUGGACAACCUGGUCAGGCUCCUCGUCCUGCUGGAGCUGGAGCUGCUGCACCUCGUACCUGAAGAAGCCUUUUGAAGAUUUGUUUUUUCUUUUUUUCUGUUGCUACUAGUACCAUCUGAAUCUCAAAAUGCAGUUUGAUGUUUCGACUUUGUUAUAUUCCAGACAUGUCUUUUUUUUUUCAACAUAACUUAUUGAGCCUC